AUGACAACAAUGGAAGGGGCCAGCGGGUCGAGUUUUGGAAUAGACACGAUUCUGUCCAGUGCCAGUUCAGGCAGCCCCGGCAUGAUGAAUGGAGAUUUCCGCCCGCUCGGAGAACCCAGGACCGCGGAUUUUAGGAGUCAGGCCACUCCGUCGCCCUGCUCCGAGAUUGAUACCGUUGGAACGGCGCCUUCUUCUCCCAUCUCGGUCACCAUGGAGCCCCCGGAGCCGCCUCUGGUCGCAGACGGGCCCCAGCAGCAUCUUCACCAUCACCUCCAUCACGGCCCGCAGCCUCCGCCGUGCGCCGCCGGGGCCCCCACGCAAAGUUUGCAGCCUUCGCCGCCGCCGCCUGCGCCGCAGCCGCAGCCGCCGCCGCCGCCGCCACCGCCGGCCCAGCAGCUCGGCUCGGCCGCCUCGGCCCCCAGGACUUCCACCUCUUCCUUUUUAAUUAAGGACAUCUUGGGCGACUGCAAACCUCUGGCGGCGUGUGCACCCUACAGCACCAGCGUCUCCUCGCCCCACCCCACGCCGAAGCCGGAGAGCAACGCGCCCCACGAGAGCUUCAGGCCCAAGCUCGAGCAGGACGAAGGCAAAACCAAACUCGACAAGCGGGAAGAUGCCCAGGGCGACAUCAAAUGCCACGGAACAAAGGAAGAAGGAGACCGGGAGAUUACGAGUAGCCGAGAGAGUCCCCCAGUGAGGGCCAAGAAGCCUCGAAAAGCCCGAACAGCUUUCUCUGAUCACCAACUCAAUCAGCUGGAAAGGAGCUUUGAACGGCAGAAGUACCUGAGUGUGCAGGACCGCAUGGACCUGGCAGCCGCUCUCAACCUCACUGACACCCAGGUCAAGACCUGGUACCAGAACCGCAGGACCAAGUGGAAGCGGCAGACGGCGGUGGGCCUGGAGCUGCUGGCCGAAGCUGGGAAUUACUCGGCCCUGCAGAGGAUGUUUCCAUCGCCUUAUUUCUACCACCCGAGCCUGCUCGGCAGCAUGGACAGCACCACGGCGGCGGCAGCAGCCGCGGCCAUGUACAGCAGCAUGUACCGGACUCCGCCCGCGCCCCACCCCCAGCUGCAGCGGCCCCUGGUACCCCGAGUGCUUAUCCACGGCUUGGGUCCCGGGGGACAGCCGGCCUUGAAUCCCUUGUCCAACCCUAUCCCUGGCACCCCGCACCCUCGGUGAAAAACGAGCCACCUAGAGUCACCCUUUCCCCGCUCCCCUGCCCUGGUCGGGACAGCUGCCCUUCUGUCCCCACAGCGGGCACUCGGGGAGCAGCAGCCCCCAGAGGCAGAGAAAUGCUGAGGAAGACGCCCACCGCCCACUUCCUGGCGGCAGGGGGUCCUCCAAAAAGGGAGCCCUCCUUCGCUUGCCCACUUCCCCCCAGAGACAGGGCUGCCAAGCCCCCAACUGCAGCGUGACUGGUGAGAACCCUAACCCCACAUAAAGUGCGACCAGUAAGUGAAAAUACCCUCACAAACAGAACCUCAAGUUCUUUUACGCUGUAAAGGACUCGCAGGAAGGGGCGGAGGAGGGGAAGGAUGGAAGGAUGAAGGCGCGGAGAAGACAGUGCCCUGCCAAGAGAAAAGUGGGGACCCACAACCUCUGCUUU